GACAGACAAUGUGUCUCGAAACGAAUCGAUAGCUGUAGAAGAAAUGCAGCUGCUGUUGGCCACAGCAAGACGCAGGGUUGCAUCUGGCUGGAUUUGCCACUCCUGCCGUGGUAUCAAAGAAGCAACCCGGGCAGCCAAACAACUACGGCAAAACAAGCCAGCUAGAACUCGAUUUGCUCCUUCACCUACUGGCUAUCUUCACUUGGGAUCAUUGAGAACGGCUUUGUUUAAUUAUCUGGUGGCUAAAGCUACAGGGGGACAAUUUCUGCUGAGAAUAGAAGAUACUGAUCAGAAAAGAACAGUUCCUGAUGCUGAAACAAGACUAUUUGAAGAUCUGGAGUGGGCUGGAAUCGAAUGGGAUGAAGGGCCCAAAAUAGGGGGGCCACAUGGCCCAUACAAGCAAUCUGCAAGAACAGCACUGUAUCGAGAGCAUGCUGAGCUCCUCCUACAAAACGGUAGUGCCUACCGAUGCUUUUGUACACCCGAACGCCUUCAUGAAUUGGGUAAUUAUAGAAGCAAAUUAGGCCUACCAGUAGAUUAUGACCGAGCUUGUGCACAUAUUCAUAAAGCAGAGUCAGAUGAUCGAGCUGCCAAAGGAGAAGCCCAUGUGGUGAGGUUAAAGGUUCCGGAGUUAUACCCAGUCUUCAAUGACUUGGUAUAUGGCUUGGUUCGGCAAGCGAGUUUCCUCACUACCAAGCGUCGAGUUCAAGGUUCUGCCCUUGGCUCUUUUGACGACCCUAUUCUUCUCAAGUCAGAUGGAUUCCCGACUUACCAUCUUGCCAAUGUCGUUGAUGAUCACCACAUGAAAAUCACACAUGUCAUCCGUGGUUCAGAAUGGAUGUCAUCGACCCCAAAGCAUCUUGCCAUGUACCAAGCCUUCGGCUGGGAGCCUCCAGCAUUCGCACACGUAGGCCUUCUCUUAGACAAAGACCGCAACAAACUCAGCAAAAGACACGGCGCCAUCGACAUCUCCACCUGGCGCGACAAAGGCGUAUUUCCCGAAGCCCUCAACAACUUCGUAGCCCUCCUUGGCUGGUCACACAACGAAAAGCAGGAUGUCAUGACCAUGGAACAGCUCAUUGAGAAUGCAAGCAUGAAAUACACCCGCGGCGACUCCGUCGUCAGUUUCGAGAAACUAUGGUUUCUGCAACGAAAACAUGCAGCCCUUUAUGCCAGCAUGCCACCUCGACUUCCCAUGAAUCCCCGCCACUCACUCACAGAACUUGCCGUACAGCCCAUGGUAAAGCUACUCGACCACCGCUCUUCUUUCGAAGACCUAAGCCUAUACACCACCACUCCCCAAGGCGAAGCAAGAGAGAACUACGUCCGCUCAAUCCUUCUAGCUGAUGCACCAAACUACACCACACCCACGGAAUUCAUAGCCCGAAACAUCUAUUUCUUCGUGCGGCCCUCCGCCAAAAAACUCCGCGAGAAGAUCCCCAGCCUAAAAUUGCACAAAGUACCACCAUCCAUCAACUACCCCGUCUCCACCGAAACCCUCGCGCUAUUCAAAAACGUAUCCUUGAUCCCCGACGCGGAUUGGAACGGGCAAUCUAUCAAGAACAUGUCGACUUUCGUCGUAGAUCGAGGCGUGACGAUGAGUUUAGCGAGUAGCAAAACGGGGAAGUUGGAUGAGAGGAUGCGCCCGUUGGUGCAGAAAGCGUGGAGUACGCUUGUGCAUGGGUAUCUGCGGUGGGCUAUCUUUGGGGGGAAUCAGGGGCCGGAUGGGGGGGAGACUAUGAGGAUUUUGGGGAAGGUGGAGACGGUUAGGAGGUUGGAGAAGGCGGAGAAGGUUGUUUUGAGGGCGAGGGAGAUUGAGGAGAGGGAUAAGGGAGGGUUGGGCAAUGAUGGGGUGCCGAUUAUGGCUAAGCUGGAUGGGAUGGAGCAAAGUGAGAGUAAGGAAAAGGAGACUGUAAAACAGCAGCAGGUGUAUUUGGAUGACUGGAGCGAUCUGGACGAUGAUAGCUUCAUAUAGAACACUGUAAGAUUGUAAGAUAGAGUAAGAAAAGGCGGUUCAUCUCGGCUUGUAUGUCAUUUUUAUUCAUUACCAUCACCUAUGGCGUGUUUCGUAAUUCAUCUAAGUAGUAA